CAAAAACACACAAAUCCAAAUCGACCUCGCCCUGUUAAAAGCACCGUCGUCCGUCGUAGUAACCUUCGUGCUCGAGAUUGAUAUCGAGUAAACUCUCGAGAGAGGAAGAGAAUCAGAGGAGACGAAAAUGGCUCACAGAAUACUGAGAGAUCAUGAAGCCGAUGGAUGGGAACGCUCUGAUUUUCCAAUCAUCUGCGAAUCUUGUCUCGGUGAUAAUCCGUACGUCCGAAUGACCCGAGCGAAUUAUGAUAAGGAAUGCAAGAUAUGUACACGACCCUUCACGGUGUUUAGGUGGCGACCUGGCCGGGAUUCUCGGUACAAGAAAACCGAGAUUUGCCAGACUUGCUGUAAGCUCAAAAACGUAUGCCAAGUCUGUCUUCUGGAUCUUGAGUAUGGUCUUCCAGUUCAGGUCAGGGACACGGCGCUCAACAUUAGUACUCAUGAAUCUAUCCCUAAAAGCGAUGUCAACAGAGAGUUCUUUGCUGAGGAGCACGACAGGAAGACUAGAGCUGGCCUGGAUUAUGAAUCUUCAUUUGGGAAGAUGCGGCCUAAUGAUACUAUUUUAAAGCUUCAAAGAACAACACCAUACUAUAAAAGGAAUCGAGCACAUGUUUGUAGUUUCUUCAUCAGGGGUGAGUGUACUAGAGGUGAUGAAUGUCCGUACCGGCAUGAGAUGCCUGAAACUGGAGAGCUAUCCCAGCAAAACAUUAAAGAUCGUUAUUAUGGUGUUAAUGAUCCAGUUGCGAUGAAGUUACUUGGAAAAGCCGGUGAGAUGGGCACUUUGGAAUCACCAGAGGAUGAAAGCAUCAAAACGCUUUACGUAGGUGGACUUAACACAAGAAUCCUCGAGCAGGACAUACGAGAUCAGUUCUAUGCUUAUGGAGAAGUCGAAUCUAUCAGAAUAUUAGCCGAGAAAGCCUGUGCGUUUGUCACAUACACAACCCGAGAAGGAGCAGAGAAGGCUGCGCAAGAGCUCUCCAACAGGCUAGUCGUCAAUGGUCAGAGGCUAAAACUCACAUGGGGAAGACCUCAGGCUCCCAGACCUGAUCAAGAUGGUUCGAACCAACAGGGCAGUGUGGCUCAUAGUGGUUUACUACCUCGAGCCGUUAUAUCUCAGCAGCAGAACCAACCCCCAACAAUGCAACAGUACUACAUGCACCCACCACCACCUAACCAAGACAAACCUUAUUACCCAUCAAUGGACCCACAGAGAAUGGGUGCAGUCGUUUCAACCCAAGAGGCUGGUGGUUCAAGCGCCAGUGAGAACAACGGAGCUUCUUCUUCUUCCUACAUGAUGCCUCCACACCAGCAAUACCAGCCACCACCACCAUAUGGAUAUAUGCCAUCGCCUUACCAGCAGCAAUAUCCUCCGCCUAACCAUCAUCAUCAUCCCGGUCCUAUGCACCACUAUACCCCGCCUCCAGCGGCUUACCCGUACCCACAUCAACCUGCACCAUCUCCAAGCGCGGUAUCUGCUUCAUCACCUGACUCUGCACCUGCUGUGUCUGGAGCAGCACCUUCAGGAUCCUCUCAACAACCUCCUGCUGUUUCCAGUAGUACGACUGGUUCGUCUCAGUAGAUGAAUUAUUGCUUAAAUUGUGCCUACCAAUUUUCUGCUAUCCUUCAUGGUCUAAGGUUUUUUGUACUCUGAAUGGAUCGUCUUCUGCUGCGUUUUUUUAGUUUCAACUUUGUAAUGUAAUGUCACCCAAAUCGGUUCUUGAUGAAAGGUAUCAAGUUACAGAGGCGAAUUGAUUUUGUGAUUUGGUACACCGGUUUGGUCAAUUUCGUAGUCGAAUUUUUAGAAUGAGAGAAUAUUA